AUGUCGCACGACGAUGCUGCGCCCAGCGCAGAUGCGAAGCGUGCAAGCUUCGUAGGAGAGCGACAAAGCAUAUUCUCACCUGCGCCUCCGGUGCCCGGCGCGUGGGGCCUCUCUCCGGCGCCGGACGGCCGGAGCGCCUCGGCGCUCGGGGCACCGAUCGCCUCGGCCCACGAGACCGCCCGGCCUGCCUCGGCCGCGGGCGUGUACACGGACAAGGAGGCGUCGCGCGCUGCGAGUAUCGAGGCGUGGAACGCACUGACGCAGCGCGCCGCGCAGAACGCGCCGCUCGACUCGCUUUCGCCGCACACAGACCGCGGCAGCGUCGGCUCGCCCUUCUCCCCGGCGAGCACGUACUGGACGACGCGCUCGGCACUCGAGUCGGACCGCGGCUCGGACGGAUUCAACACGCCGCAGACCGUGCAGAGCGCGCUCUGGCGCUUUGUGCCUACGGCCGACAUUAUCCCGGAGGAAUCGGUGCGCAGCGGCUCGUCCGACCGCGAGACGCACCGCGUCGUGCACCACGAGGGCUUUGUCCUUCCGCCGAUGAAGCUGCGUGACUUUGCGCAGCACCUCGAGCGCAGCGAGUCGCAGCGCUCGCGCUCGUCCGCCGGCGGCUCCGCCUCGUCGUGGCUCCAGCGCCGCCGCGAGCGCCAAGAGAGCGUCUCGUCGGCGCGCGACAAGGGCGAGGCGGUGCGCUCGCCGCUCGCGCAGUCGUCGGAAGUCGCCGACGAGCCCAAGAAGACGACGCGCGUCGAGCCGACCGUCCACUCCCCGCUUCCCCCGGUCCUGUCCGCGCUCGGCGCGCCGGUCAAGGAGGGCGAGGCGCUGGAGCGCCCCGUGUUUGCGCCGCCCGAGGACCUCGCAGAGACCACGCCGUACGAGCCGGUGCGCGAGGCGCCGAAGACAGAGACGAUCGGCACGCGCACCGAGCGCUCCGAUGCGCCGGCGCCGGCGCUGCCGAGCUGGUCGGUCGCCGCGCCUGCGCCGGUGACGAGCCCCAGCCUGUCGGACCGCAUGACGGAGCUCGGGGGGCUCGGAUUCGAGGUGCAGCGCAAGGACGCCGAGGCUCCGACGAAUGCGUCCAUUCCCCCGGAGCUGCGGGAAGUCCGGGCGCUCAACAUCCAGAAGCCGCAGACCGCCGAGGUCGGCAGCAGCUGGAGCGAUGCGUGCAAGACGCCCGCGAACCCGUCAGAGACGCCGGUGCCGACGCAGCGCGCGGACCUGCGUAACUUUAGCGGAGGCUCGUUCCUGAUGAGCCCCGCGACGGCGCAGUCGCGUGGCUGGGCAUCGCCGCCGCCGCCGCUGCUGUACCCCAACGAGGCGCUGUACAUGGGCGAGCCUGCGCCGCAGCCUGCGUCGCAGCCUGAGCCGCAGCCUGAGCCUGAGCCGCAGCCUGCGCCGUCCUGGAGCGGCGCCAAGCCCGGGCGCCGCAAGGCGAGCGAAAUGCUCGACGAGCUGCUGCGCCAGACCGAGGCGGAGUACGCGCCUGCGGCUGCGCUGCCUAGUGCGUCGACGGCGAUGCCCUGGAUGCAGCAGGGCCAUAAAGAGGUGGAGAGCCACGGCGAGGCGCCCCGCGCCGAGCCGGCCUCGGCUGCGCCCGCCGCUGCGCCUGUGCGUGCGCCUGUGCCGACGGUCGUCGACGAGGCGGACGAGGCGUCGCUCGCGACGCCGCACGUCGACCGCGCAAAGCCUGCGCCCCCCAUUCCCGCGUACCUCGAUGCGGCGCAUGAAGGCGACGCGUCGCAGCUGUCGAUGCUCGGCUCGGUCGUCGGCAAGCAGACUCCCUUCAACUUCGAUACGUAUUUUGACUCGUCCCUGCAGCGCAUUCACACGGAAGUGAGCAGCAACCCCAUGCUGCCCACGGCGCCCGGCGCUGCAGGGAGAAUCCCUGCGCCUGAGUCGGAUCCCACGGAUCUGUUUAGGAAUGCCCCUCUGCGGGCUUUGCACGCUUCCGCGUCGCCGAUCGAGAACUUGCACGAGUUUACCUAUAUUAUGGACGACGGCGCGCCCCUCCUCACGCCGUACACUGGUGCGCGGCCCCAAAAGCCGGUGCCGGAUGCGACGUGGGUCCCCUCGCUCCCCCCCCUCGACACGUUCCUGCCCGAGGAGCGCGAGAUUGUCGGCGUGCCGCCGCUCGUGCAGCCGACGAAGCACGUCGCGGGCCUCUUUGACGACUGGGACAUGGACGCGCCGCAGACGACGGCGCUUCCCCUCGAGUUUGUCACGCGCCCCAACUCGAUCCUCUCGCGUGGGCGCCCGGUGAAGAAGACGGAAGAAGGCACGGGCAGCAUCUUUUACGCGAGUCUCCCUGAGAAGCGGCACAAGUCUUUCCCCCAGCCCAUGCCGGUCCCGGCCGAUACGACGCAGCCGAUCAAGACGUGGAACUUUGAGGACGACGACGAGGAGCUCGAGCCCGAGCCCGAGCCCGAGCCCGAGCCCAAGCCGAGGCCUGCGCCCCGCAGGCCCGAGCCCGAGCCGGCCCCUGCGCCCCGCCACAUCCCUGAGCCUGCGCAGCCGACGUUUGCGACGCCCCCGAAACCCAAGCGCAAGGCCAAGAAGGACGUGCACACCAAGUACAUGCCCGACGAGCCCAAUGUACAGACGAAGCGUGGCACGUGGUGGCGGCGCAAGGGGCAGACGCCGACCAAGGCGGCCGCCGCGCCUCCCGAGAGCCCUCGCGCCUCGACGUCCACCUCGAACACCACCAAGUACGCGCGGCGCACUGGGCCGCCCGGCUUUGAGCCGUCGCAGCCCGGCAAGUACUAUCUCGCAGGCACCGUGUCGCUGCCGACACUCAACAUUGCGCGCACGCCCGAGCAGCGUGCACGCAACGAGACCGGCCUGCCCGAGACGGAACCUGCGCUGAUUCAGUCGCUGCUCGCCGCACCGUCGUCGUCGACGGUGCGUGCGCGCGCGGGCAUUAUCAAGACCCUGCCCUUUUCCGAAGAGGUCGUGCCCCCGCUGGGCCAAGUGUUGGUGGCCGAGGAGCGCAAGAUUCUUGUGCGGCCUGUUAUGUAG